AUGAACUCCGAUUCAGAUUCUUCUCUGAGAAACAACGAUGUCAAUGAUCGCCGACUCAGCAUCAUCGAUUUUCUCUCCGCCGAUGAUUCGCUUCUCGAUCCAGUAUCUUCUAAUCACCAAAAUUCAGAAAACGAAGCUUGGUACACUCCGAAUUCAAAAAAGUUCGAAGACGCUGCUACCAAAAUUGAACAGUGGGAGGACGAACCUCAAACUUCUGAGAAAAAGUCCAUGAGAAACCCUAAAUGCAAUUUGCGCAAGAGUUUAGCUUGGGACAGUGCUUUUUUCACUUGUGCUGGGGUUCUGGAUCCUGAUGAGUUGUCUAGUAUAAUUGAGGGUGUUGAGAAGGAAACAUUACCAAAGAUUGAAGAGGAUGUAUACAAAUCAUGUGACUCCGUUUCGACAUUAGGGAGUGAUAGUUUGACCUUUGAAAGUGUUGAUUUGGAGGGUGAUUUGUUUGAGGAUGUUAGAGCUUCCAUUCAGAAAUCUAGCCGUAAGUCCAAACUUGCAACUGCACCAACUAGAAUGUCCUCUGCCUCUGGACUACCAGGGUUACAAACUCCAUCCAGAAAAGUUGGCGUUGUUGCUCGCAACAAGAUGAAGGCCCCACCGACCCCUAGAAAUCCUACAACACCAGUUGUGAGAGGAACUGGGAAGGCUACAAACAAGAAUACUUUUACACAAAUUCCACAGCCUCUUGCUACAAGGAGGGAAUCAUCUAUUUCAAAACUAUCGAAGUUACCAGCAAAACCUAUUGCAAGUUCCACUAUUUCAGCCAAGAGAGCAUCACUAAGCGGUCUGCAUGCCAAAAGUGAAAAGGACAGAGCAAAACACAUAAUUGGUGAUAGAGUCAGCUCAAUGUCAAAAGCAUCUGUUAUUGGAAGUUCACGUGGUACAGAGCCUAAACCCACAAUAUUAUCCAAAUUAACUUCUGGCCAGUCAGUAUCAACCAAGGCAAAAUCAGUAUCUUCCACAUCUUCUGGUAGCAAUUUAUCUGCUAAUAUUGCUAAAUCUCCAUUUAAUUCUGCAAGAAGAAAAGUUAUUGCGGGAAAUUCAAAGCCUCCCUCAUCUCGCCCUCCAGUCAAAACACCGUCAGGUUUUGCUUCAAGAAAUAAAAUUGAAUCUGUGAAUUCUAGUCUCUCAAGCUUGAUAUCUGCCAACAAGCUUUCUUCUAGUAUUUCCCCAGCUAGCUCUGUUAGUGACUGGUCUUCAGAGGCAUCCGUUUCAGCUUCAGUGCAUAAACACAUGUGUGAUAGUUCAAGGUCCAGCAUUGAUAGUUGUUCUAGCAGUUAUUCUCAGAUUCUUCAGAGUGAUUUGAGCUUAGAAGGGCGGGAGGCUCUGCGCUCUGGAAUUAUCAGUCCAAGUGCAAGAACUGCUUCUAUGGCAGCAGUUAUUCCCUCUGCUCUUGCAAAACCUUCAGGCCUGCGACUGCCUUCACCAAAGAUUGGUUUCUUUGAUGGGGUGAAAUCCUCAGUGCGCACUCCACGUGGGGGAGCGCAACCACACUCUUCUGCUGUGCUUCAAGGCUUACUAAAUCAUGGUGCAAGAAGUCCAAGUGAAGGGCAAAACAAAGCAAAGCUUGGAAACCUGCAAGCAGUGAGAUCUAUCACACCAAUUGGAAACAAAAAAGUUGAUAACCAGAAAAAUCCUCAUCCAAGUCAUUUUGAUGAAUCAUUAGAUAUUGCAGUUAAGGCAUUCAGUGCAGAGGAAAAUAUCAAAACCUCUACUGAAAUGCUCAAGGGUGCUUUUAAAAAUGUUGAAUAUACAUCACUUUCGCAUGAAAUGGAGAGCACUAAUCAUGAUUUGCGUACACUCACCCGUGUCAAUCACCAGGAAAAUGUUUAUCCUGAUAAUCAAAUUGAUUGUUUGAUCAAACAAGUUGGGCUCAUGGAUAUAAAUUCCGGGACACAGGAAAAGAUCAAUGGAAAUUCUCUUUCUUUUUGUGAGACUGAUGUCAGCUUCCAAGAUAAAUCCAAUGGUAUGGAGUUAUCAAAGCACGGGGAGUUUUUUAAUCAUCCUAAAAACCAGGAAUUUUUGAAGGGUUCGUCUACUCCAGGUCUAUGUGUCGCUCCAACCAGCGUUGAUCUGGCAGCUUCAGCAAGGAGACCCUUUGCAGCAAAAGAUUCAUUUUUAAACAUGGAUUACCCAGUUUUCACAGAACCAUCAAUUUCAGAGGUAAAACUGACCAACAUACUUGAUUCCGAAAGCCACAUUACGAAAGAUAGCAUCUGA